AUGAUUUCCAAAGAGCUUGAAGAGGUAGCCAUUGGUGCACAGAAGAUGGUUGCUUUUACGGAAAGUUUGUUGAACCUCACCAGGAACGUUGCCUUCGUCAUCUUCAAUCGGAGGAAACGGAUGGAUUUGGCACAGUCCCACAUCGAGAAGGACUCGCAAAACUUAAAGGAAGAGUGGCAGCAGGUUACAGAAGCAAUCGACCAGCAGACGAUAGACGAUACUGCCGAAAGGGAGAAAGCGAGUCACGAGCGAGCAGCUCUCGACGAAGAUAUCCAGGAGCUGGAGAGGCGGCUGUCGCAAAUGCUUGAGCAGCGGAAGACGUUGACCGAGGUCAUUGAUUCCUGCGACAUGCGCAUCUCUUGCAUAAGGGCGAAGUUCGAAAAGCAGCUGGGCCGCCUCGAAGGCAAGCAGAAGCGCCUGGAAGAAGCUCAGAAAGAAGUAGAAGCAGAUUCACAACAGGUACGGAAGAUGGAGUCCGAGCUUCAGAAGGAACGAGAGGAACUGCGGGAGCAAGAGCUUCAGCAUCAGCAACAAAUGCAGGACAUCCGGAGAGCGUCGCGUGAUCUGCGAAAACAGAGGUGCUUCCUCUCUGGAAUCAUAAGGCGCCGUGUCGUGUGGCAGCGCCUCAUGGAACCUCACCGAGAGUCCCUGAACAAGGCCCGGCAGAGGUGGGAGGAAACCACGCAGAAGUGCACGGAACUCUCCACAAGUUCGGCCAGCCAAGAGGCCGCAGCUGCAAAACUGCGCAGCCAAAUUGAUGCGACAGUAGAGGUUCUUCCAAGCUUGGAGGCGGAGAAGAAGCUGGCAGUGGCAUCUCGUAGCUUCAAGGAGGCAGGUCGCUUGACCGAGGAGAUCCGCAGGAGAGAAGAAGGGAAGAAGAAAAUCGAGGCUGAGUUGGAGUCUUUGCAGGCAGGACUGGCGGCGGCCAGGGAGGACCUGGCUGCGUGCAGGCAGGAUGAACAAGAUGCUCAGGAGGAGCUGUUGAGAGUGGAAGGGACCUGCGCACUCGAAGAGCUUCGAGUGCUGCGGCAUCAGGUCAGCGACUUGGAGGAUCUCUGCAAGUCCGAGUCGCUCAGCACAAGUGCGCGACGUCUUUACACCCAAGAGGUGAGCGUGUUGAAGCACCAGCAGGCGAGAUGA